GCAAGGCCAUGGUCUGCUUCGGGAACAUGUUCAUCGAGCUCCCAAAAGCACAGACCAAGGAGAUGCUGCAGAAGGACCAGGAACAUCUGGAUGAGGAGAUAAACAACCUCCGGAAAGAGCUGCGUGUGAAGGUCAACCGCCUCUUUGAAGCUCAAGGUAAACCUGAGCUGAAGGGAUUUAACCUGAACCCCAUGACUGCCGAGGAAAUGAAGCUAAUCAAUCGCAUCCUGGAGGGCUGA